GCCUGUUAAAUUUGUGGCUGAAUUUAUGCUUGGUUUUAAUGUUAUUAAAAUAUGUGUAUAUUGGAAUUGUGUAAACUUGAGAGCGUUUUUUGUGUAAUACUGUAGAGAUCAUGGCGAGAUGUAAAUUUCUGUUAAGUGUUUAAAAGUAUGGAGAGCAUACAUGGCAGAGGAAUAGAAACAGAACAGUUAAUGGAAAUCGAUGAGGGUGAUGGUUCGGAUGUCGAUGACGAAGACGAAGAUUUAAUUGACGAUCCGCUACCGUCACCUCUUCAGUUAUCAUCUUCUGGGGCUGCAUCCACAGCCACUUCAACUACUUCAUCGCCAAAUAAUGAUGAAUUUUCGUUACCUUACUUGUUUUCAGGUAAACCGCUUAAUAUUAAAAGAGGACGAGGGAGACCGCGUCGAGAGGGAGGCAAAUCUUUACCGCGAAGAACGGGACUCGCUUCUAAAAUUAAACGUUUAAGAGGUAUUGGUUACACACGUGGAUUGCCCAAAAAAGUUCGACCAUUUGACAAAAUGGAAUUUGAAUACAUCUCAUCAUCAUUGGGUUUUGAUGAUCCUAAUUCGAUCUUAGAUCCCGAAACAGGAACGUUUAUCAUUCCUGAAAAGGAAAAACUCGCUUUAACACCUGAUGAUACUCCAUAUCCGCCUGAACUAUGGCCCGGAAAAGUGUGCGCAUUAUGUAAUUUGGGAGAAAGGAGUCAAUUGGGGCAAAGAGACCUGUUGCGUCUUAGUUGUCCCGAAGGCUUUAUUCCUCAACGAAUGUUAUCUAAUUCUUUGUUGUCGCAAGUGGAUACAACACAAAUUACAGAACGUGAAAUCGGAGAUAAAAGUCCUCGUGGUCCUGUGACAUGUCGUCGUCAGAAAAGCUUUAAUAAGUGUCGCAAUCCGUCUUUGUCUAAUGAAUAUGUUGACGAAUUGUCUAUUAUCGGAUAUUUGGAGCAACCUGAUGUUCAAAGUGUAUUCGAUUCCUCUGGUUAUUUUUACGUUCACAGAAAUUGUGCUGCUUGGUCUAACGGAGUGAUUAUUUAUGAAAAUUCUGGUUUGGAAAAUGUAGGACAGAUGGUAUUGUAUAGCAUUUCAAAAAAAUGUUCUUAUUGCCAUCAUUUCGGCGCAAGUUUAACUUGCAAAGCAGGGGGGUGCAGUAAACAGUUUCAUUUUCCUUGUGCGACAGCUUCCGGUGCCUUUCAAGAGUUACGAUCUGUUGCAAUUUUUUGUGUUGAACAUUUGGCAAAAGUUCCAUUAGUGUGUGAAUCUUCUGUUUGCUAUACUUGCAAGAUGCAUGGGGACAUAGCUAACCUUAUGUUUUGUUCCUCGUGUGGUGAACAUUAUCACGGGACCUGUGUCGGAUUAGCGCAACUACCAGGUGUGAGGGCUGGAUGGCAGUGUAGAAAAUGCAGGGUGUGUCAAGUGUGUCGAAUGGUUGGUGAUGAAUCAAAGUUAAUGGCAUGCGAACAGUGUGACAAAAUAUAUCACGCAAUUUGUCAAAGACCAAUUGUAACAACUAUCCCAAAGUACGGAUGGAAGUGCAAGUGCUGUCGAGUUUGUGGUGAUUGCGGGUCCAGGACUCCCGGAGCUGGUUUAUCUUCACGAUGGCACGCCCAUUAUACAGUAUGUGAUUCCUGUUAUCAACAACGUAACAAGGGCUUUUGUUGCCCGCUCUGUCAUCGUGCUUAUCGCGCACAUGCACAUCGUGAAAUGGUACAAUGCAGCUUGUGUCGAAAAUUUGUGCAUGGUACUUGCGACCCUGAUGCGGAUCUUGCAACAUAUCACCAACGCAAAGAAGCGCAUCCAGAGUACGACUAUAUUUGUCUGAUUUGCAAAAGUAUAACUCAACAAAAUCGACAGUUGAUGGCUAAGAGAAAUAGUUUCUUUCUAGGUAUCGAGGAGAGCGAUUGUCUCUCAGGAUCGUCCGAAUUUCUCUUUGAAGAUUCAUACGAGUUUGACUUUGAUAGGCAAAUUGGAGAAGACCCUGCGAAAUUUAUGGGUUUAGGAAAGGGUAAACCUUACAGUGCUAGUAAAAUAGCGAAAAAACGUUUAGGUUUAGGAACAGUGACCUCGGGACGACCGAAAGGCAUUGGAAAAGGUUUACCUGGGAAAGUGGGAUUUACAAAACGUCAACGAUUAGCAGAUUUUGGAAGAAAAAGGGGCCCCAAGUCAAAAAUGCGUGGCAUUUUCGGUGUUCCCGGUGUCGGUUUACAGAGACCUACUUGUGACGGCAAGACAGACGAAGAACCCGGGUUGGAAAAUCGUCUUGUGCUGUGUUCAGCAAAAGACAAGUUUGUGUUAACACAAGAUAUUUGUGUAAUGUGUGGGGCAUUAGGGACGGAUCAAGAAGGAUGUCUUAUAGCAUGCGUUCAAUGUGGUCAAUGCUACCAUCCUUACUGUGUGAAUGUUAAAGUGACUAAAGUCAUUCUGCAAAAAGGAUGGCGUUGUUUAGACUGUACUGUUUGUGAAGGAUGUGGUCAACGUAAUGACGAAGGCAGACUUAUUCUUUGUGAUGAAUGUGAUAUUUCUUACCAUAUCUAUUGCAUGGAUCCUCCAUUAGAUUAUGUUCCUCAUGGAAAUUGGAAAUGUAAGUGGUGUGCGGUUUGUCAAGUUUGUGGUGCUACAGAUCCCGGUUUCAAUUGCUCAUGGAUGAAUAGCUUUACGGAGUGUGGACCUUGCGCUUCGCAUUCGGCAUGCCCUAGUUGUGGAUCUUUAUACAAUGAAGGAGAUCUCAUCAUCCAAUGCACUCAAUGUGAAAGAUGGUUGCAUGGGAAUUGUGAUUCUAUCAAGACUGAAUUAGAAGCUGAAAAAUGUGCGGAUGAAGGAUAUACUUGUUUAUUAUGCCGUCCUCGGGAUGUGCCACCUCCUCAUCUUCACCCAUUGCUUUCGCCAAAACCAGUUACACCUUGCAAAAGCCCUGAAUUAAAAUCAAACGCGAACUAUUACAUGGACGGUGUUUAUUUAAGUGAAGUUGGAUAUGGCCUUAUUAAAUCAUUAACUAAUGAACAAAGUGUAACUAGGAAAAAGCGAAAAAAGUUAAUCGGUGGCCACCACGAUAAAGAAGCAGGCAUUAUGGCUACAAUUGAAUCUGUAGUCGCUGGAAGUAGUAUGGGUCAUAGUAAUUUAGACGAUAGUACAAAAUUAGAAUUAAUAGAUUUUAAAGAUGAUCCUCAGGAUUUGUAUAAAGAAGGUAUGCUUUGGACCAAAGAAGAUGGAGCUCCACCGGAAGGCUUUACACUGUACACUAUGGAAAGUGGCGUAAGCGUGUUAAGAAGAAAACGACAACGUAACUUACAAAAAUUAGGCAUAGGGGGGUUUUUAGUGCGCGUUAGAGGAAUACGGGGUAAUCCAGAUAAUGAUGAUGUUGAUACAUUACCAGGGCAAAAUUCUGGAGUGUUAGAAUCGGCAAAUUCGCAAUCUUUACAUGAAGGUGAAAAGCCACGACGUAAACCAGUUCGGAGAAAACCUAAAAGUAAACUCACCGAGAGUUUUCCUUCGUACUUACAAGAAGCGUUUUUUGGAAAGGAAUUAUUACAAAGUACCAAAGAGAUGGAUAGUACUAGUGAUAGUGAUGACGAUUCUUCAAAAACUCACUCGGAUAAAGACAGGGUAAUUCAACUGUCUCAGGAAGAAGUAAAACCUGCAGCUCUGGUAAAAAAAUCAAAAGCGUCAAAAUCUUAUUAUGGACAAGAACCAAGUGCAUUUAUAAGUAAAGUGAUUAAAGAUGCACUUAAAGAAGAACCUGAAAGUGAUACUGAGGUUCUUAAGGAUGUUUUAGCUUUACCGGGUGAUUUAUUAGACACAGACCUGGUCAAUACAAUUAUGAGCGAAGAUAAUCAAGAUUUGAAACAUGUUGGAAACUUGGAUUCAUUACCAGGUUCCAAUAUUCCUGACUCAGAAAUUAGUGAAUCUUUAGAAAGUACAACUAACUCUAAAGAUACGAAAGACGAAUUAACCGAUAUCUUGGGCUCACAUUUCAAUAUCGAAUCAAUUCCAAAUAUAAAUAGUAAAGAUGUGGAAGAUAUAUUUAAGAAUGUAUUAACUGACGAAUCACAAGAGUCUCAAGAAAGUUCGGCAUUUCCAAUCUCGAAUGCUAACACUUUUCCUUCUGAUAUAACUCAGCCUUUAAUGCAUCAACUUUCUGCACCUAUAAGACCCAAUACGUUACCAACUGUUAAUCAGAAUAGUCUAAACUCUCCGGUUAGUUUUCCUUCUCAAUCUCCUUAUCAUUCGGAGUACAGCAACAGCCCACAGUUUAGUCCGGCAUUUUCGGAACCGCCAAGUCCUUGGGUUACACUAAAUGAAACUGCUGAAAUUGAUACGCCUAUUACAAAUAUUCCUUCUACUUAUAACCAGCGUUCUGCUGAAAAAAUGAAAGCCGACGAAGGCUUGGGUUCCGGCGCCACGAUCUCCGCUGUACUUUAUGCAAACAUGAAUCACCCGGAAUGGAAAACUGACUAUCCACUUUGGAAUGAUCGCUACAAACAAAUAAUUAAGAAAUGGAGGACGUUAAGUACCGAACAAAAAGCACCUUAUCUACAGCAAGCUAGAGAUAACAGAUCAGCACUUCGUAUGAAAAAGCAGCAACAGAUCAACAAGGAGAGCACCAGCUCACCAAUAGUGACCAAAGUGAUUGCAACCUCAGUUAGCAGCAUUCCCUCAACCCAGGCUUCCGUCGUGGCUCCAGUCUCAGAGGAUCAAGAAAAAAUUACGCAACAACAAAAAACUGCUCGAGAGGCAGAGCAGGAAAGACAGUGGAAACAAUUGCAGGCUUUACGUCAGCAACAAGCCCAACAACAACAGCACGUUCUACAUGAACACAGGACUCAAGCUAUAGCCAAUGUUCAGAGAUCAUUAUCGGACGGCAGUGUACAAUCGGUAACUGAACAAGUAGGUGUACUUCAGUCUGCUUCACAACCAGUGAGCCCCGCACCUCCAUCGCCAGUUGCAUCUUCUCAUUUAUAUCCCAUCAAUGCAAAACCCAAUCAAAUUUCUUCUUUACCAUCACCCUCGUCUCAAAUACUUCCCCAAUCACUUAAUCCGACACCUGUAAAUGCAUUAUCAGAUAAAAAUGUUCCAAAAUCCUCAAUUAAUUCCUCGCUGAAUGAGCGCGUGAAUCCAAAGACACCAUUUACUACACCUCACACUGAUCUACAGGCUUAUUCUCAGACACGAACUAGUGAAGGGCCAGAUAUUAAUCGCCAAUUAAGAGAUCUUUUGCAAAGGCAGCAAUUUAAAAAAUUGGAUCAGCAAGUUCUUCCUGGGAAAGGUCAGCAAAGAAUAUGGCCUCCAAAUGAAUCGAAUCAAGAAAAUGAUCAAAGUCAAAAUAGCAGUACGGGAGAUGCUACAUUUCGACAUCCUCUUCCGCCUGGAUUCGCCAGGCCACGAGCCGCUGCUACUGCUGGGGUUGUAUUGAGACAACCUGCUAAUUUGGUUGGGUUACGAUUACAGGGUCUUGAUCCUCGUUUGCAAAAUGUUGAGUUUCGUAUGCGUUACUUACUUCAGCAACAGUUACAGCAACGUGGUAUAGUGCCCAUGAACAUUCAUCAACAGUUUCAAUCAGCCACACCACGUUUUCCUCAGCAAACUGUUACUGCAGUUCAAAAUGCAGAGCAAUAUGAGCAUAUUCAGAAGCAGACACAAUUACAAGACAGGGUUCCAAAGACCGAUGUGUCUAGGGCUAAUAAUCGAAAUGUACAGCAACUAUUAAACAAAUCGCAACCGAUUUCUAAUGCAACGGUAACAGAGAAGACCGGUACUGAUCAAGAAAUUCCAGAUAACGUUACUGCGGAAUUGGAAAAAUUAGAGCAAGAAACGGGAACAAUAGCGGAAUUACAAGGUGUUAAUGAUAUAUUUGGUGGUUUGGGGGAAGAUGAUGAUGAAUUGUUAGCGGAAAUGGGAGCCGAUUUUAACAUCUUGGAAUACGCUGAUCCAGAAUUAGAUACGUUAGGGGAUGGAGAAAAGACGAACAUUCUCGAUAGUCUUGAUUUGGUGGAACAUGAACCUGUAAAAGCAGAAAAGAGAGUUCAAAAAGUUGUCAGUGUCCCUUCGAAAAUGCCAUCAACUGAAGGACAAGCAGCCAAUACUUUACCGAAACCUCCAAUAACAACUACUAUAAAUCAGGCUGUGGUGCAUCCUGAAAAAUUACCCAGACUUUUACCUCCACCUUUAGUGGUCUCUCAACAACAAGCUGCAGAUACCCAACCGAAACCAACAACAUCAAUUGCUCUUACUGCUCAACAACAAAUACAUCAACAAAUGCUACAUCAGGUUCAGCAAGCAGCUUCUAUGGGUAGGCCUAUGUCUUUGGGAACUAAAUUAAUGUCACCAGAAGGCAUAAUAGGAGUGGUUACAGCGAAUAAUAAUGUAUCUCUUACUUUUCCCGCUAAUUAUGCACAAAGAAUAAUUACUUCACAUAUGCAAUUGCAAAAUCAAAAGUUACAAAUGCGAAUAGCCAAUGUAGGUCCAGGACCAAGGAUGGUUGCAAUGCCAGCCGGAACGUCUGUACAGGGAUCUAUUCAGAAUGCUAUACUAGCAGGGCUAACAACGUCCAGGUUAGGUGUUGGUCAAAAACCAAUACAACAACAGCAACAGCCACCUCCUCCGCCGCCCCCUCCUCCACCGUAUCCAGGUCCACCACCACCGUAUCCAGGAUCUACAAGUCAGGAACAACCACUUUUACUAGAAGAUCUUUUAGAACAGGAGAAACGUGAGCAAGAAAAACAAUUACAAACGCAUUCAACGUUAGAGACUCAAGAUGUACCUGCUACUUCUCGCGCUCCUGCAUUACUAAGUGAUAGAGAUUUUGAACGUCUCAAAGCGGACGUAUUCAACUCAAAUAAUAUCGAAUUAAACACUCCUAAUAAUUCAACUAUAGCAGCUGCUCAUCAAAGUAACCAGUCAUUCUCAAAUCCAACCGAUGGUAUGAAUCGAUGGCAGCAAAGUCCUACUCAAAAUACAAGUGCGCCACCACCACCAUCAGCUGAAGCCCCACCUCAAAUACCAACAUUUAAUGUUUCCUUACUACCAGCUCCUCCACUUCCACCUGAAACUAUUGUUACUGAACAAGACAAGCAGUCCCAAAUUGUAUAUGAACAAUGGUUGAACAAUCAAAAUACUAUUUUAUCGCAGCAGUUAAAGUAUUAUGAAACGGAAGUACAAAAAUUAAGGAAAAUUAGAAAAUCGUUAAACAGCAAACAGCGACAAUUAAGGAAAACGGGAAACCAGUUAGCAGAGGCUGAUGCCAUGGAGCUGCAUAGGAUAUCUUCCGAACAGUCUGUACUCCAGAAACAUCUUGAAUCUAGUCGCAAGCAAAGUCGUCAGCAUGGAAUGCUUAUACAGGUCUAUAUGAAGGAAUACCGCAACAAGCAACAAGCCAAACAACGUCCUGGUCAAUUGGGAUUAUUACCCGGACAACCAAACACAUCUCCAUUGGGUCCACCGGGCUCUUCUCCAAUACAUCAUACACCACAGUCGCCUAUGAUGUCACCGUCACCAUCUGCAUCCCCAAUGAUGUUACAACAUGGUUCACCAAUGCAAAGUCCUAGGCCACUAAUAACACAUUCUCCCGGUCCUAGUCCGGUUACGAGUGUAAUUCACAGUCCUAAUAAUCCCUUAGGUAACAUUUCUCCUAUGCAACCAUCACCUUUACAAUCUUCGAUGCAACCUUCACCCAAAGUUGGUACUCCCCAUUCCCAAAGUGAGGGAAGUCCGGGCUCGGCUCAGUCUCCAUCCCAAGUGUACUUACCACCACCUGCUUCGAGAAUGACGUCUCCUCAACAACGUCGGGUUGUCACAAGUCCUGUCGCUUAUUUGUCAGAACUACGGAAUUCCAUGCAACAAACAAGGUUUAUUCGUCCACCGUCCGCUGAUCAGCAACAAAAACCAAGAUUAUCGAUAUCAACUGCAACCUUUCUUCAAAGACCUGGAACUCCAUCACCAAUGAAUAGUCCACCACCUCAACCACAAAUUCAUCUCGCACAACAACAGUUAAUGCAAAAACAAUUGCAACAGCAAGUGUUUCUUCAACAAAGCACUGAUGGUGUUCAGGUCUCAAUGGAUACAAGUCUGCUUCAUUCGCAAAGAGCAAUGCAAUUAAUACAACAACGCCAACUUAUACUGAGGCAGCAACAAAUUUUACACCAUCAGCAACAAAAUAAUUCACAAGCACAACUUUUAACCUCUCAACAUCAGCUGAUUGUUCAGCAGCAACAGUUAGCUAAACAGCAACAACAACUUUCACAUAUCCAAGCUCAAGUUCAAAACACAAAAAUCUCCAUUUCUACACAAGGUAGACAAUCAAGUUCACCGAUGCCUCCUAGCCCCUUACUUAAUCAAGGACAAACUAUCAUGUCGCCUCAUUCUAUACAUAGUCAACCGGCAUCGCCUAGACUUUGUUUAAAUCCUCCGAACUCUCCUAUAGCAAGAAGUCCAGUUAUCCAUCAAAGUAUGAAUCAACCUCCAAGCCCUAUGGUGCACCACCAGCAACAGCAAAUUAGUUCACCGAUACCUCGAAGUCCUAUUCUGGGUAAUGUGCAAUCUCCGUUAGGAAUGAGAAGACCGCCGAGCACGAGCAAUAGUCCUGCAAUGUCCGAUUGUCCUCAGAGUGUAGAAAAUCCCGGCACUCCAAGAACGCCCUAUACACCUCCGUCUUAUAUAGAAAAUGAUUUUUCUGGAGGCGGCAACAUACAUAAUCCGAUACCAUUCAUGCCGGAACCAGGUCGUUACACUUAUUUUAAAUUGGGAUUACGUGGAGGAUCUCCUAUGUGGUCAUUGGGACGUGGGAUAAAGAAAAUGCCCUCUCCUUCAGAAAAUAAAGAAGAAACUUUAGAUCAAAACAAAAUGUGCAUUCCGACAGCUAGGAUAAAGAAAGAAUCGCAUUUGAACAAGGUUUCUAUUUUGAAAAAAAAGAUAACUGCGAAAAGCAACUUACGAUCUUUAGUGGGUAAAUUUGGCUCAUUAGUGAGUAGCGACUAUAAUGAAUUGGACGAUAGUUCGUGUACUCCACCUCUUACGCCUCCAUUGAAUGCAUCCACGAGCAAAUCAAAUGUGUAUAAAGGCCCAGUGAGAAAGUUACACGAGCAACCGGAUGGCAAAGAACAAGUAGUUGGAAGUAAUUCAACCGAAAAUAAUUGCGAAGAUGUCAUGGAUUAUGAUGAUGAUACGGACAACGGCGUUGUUUCCACGGAAGUGUCUUUAAAUUCUGUCGCUCAACAACCUGAUUCGGAUGAUAUUAGUGUUAUUGAAACAUUCUCGCAAAGCGAUUUGGGUGAUACUAUUUCCAGUCCAUUAGAAUCGGGACAAAUUGGUGAUGAAUUUUUACUGUUUCCUGGUAACAUGGUCGUUGACAUGUCGAAUACUAACCAUUACUCUGACAAGGAGGAGGAUGAGUAUGCGGAUCAGAUUUUGAACGUAGCCAUUCAAAGUCCCACACCAAGUGAGGAAGAAUUAAUAAUUCAAGGGAAAACUAAAAGUGUUACGACCGAUAGCUUGACGUUAAAUUUAGUACAGGGAUUAUCCUCAAACCAGCUGUUGACUGUGCGUGAUACGUCAGAGUCUCCAGAACAAGAGGACAUGAAUAUGGAUGCACCCACCCCAGAACAAUACUCUCAUCAUGCUGAUGACGAUUUAUUAACGCAUUUGGACGAUUCUGAUAUAGUUAUUAUAGAUCCGUCUAUUAAAAGUCCAGAGAUAUCGACCACAGAAGACUUUGAAAAAUUAAUUGACGAAGGUUCUAAGAAGGAAAAAAUUCUAAAACACGAAAUGGUAACUAACGAAAUGCAUAAAUACUUAACUUCUCCUAACUGUGUUACUUCUGCACCUUCGCUGAAUCAGACGAUUACACUAUCUACACAAUGUACCUCUCCAAAAAUUGCGUUUAUACCAGCUGGAAUAUCAAAUAGUGGUGGUGUAUCUUUGACUAAAAACAACCCUGUUCAGUUAAGCACUGAUGUUGUUAUAACUCGAACAACAAAGUUGUCAAAUACAACAACACCAAAUUUAACAAGUAUAAUACUUCCACUUAAAACAACGGUCGCUCCAACGCUUACAUUGGUAAGCACAAGCUCGUCACGUUUCACGAUUCCUGUGAUCAGUGCUAGUGCAAUAAGUAAGCUCCCUAAUGUGAAAGUAAUUGAUAAACCGUCAUCAUCGUUAUCACUGGCAGCACAUGAUGCUUGUUUACCGAAGAAAAUAUUUGACGAUGAAUCAUCGGUUUCUCCUGAUAGUUCAACAUGUGACGAUGAUAAGCCAAAAAAUAUGUACGAAAAAAAGUCAGUUUUAGAUGGACUGAGUAUAGAGGAUCAGUUUAUAAAGAAAGUUGAGCAAUCUUCAGAAAUAAGCAUUAUUAAGAAUGCCGGGGCGAUAGAAACUUCAAUAUUAUCUAACAAAUCUAAGUCAAAUGAAAGCGAUUUUAGGAAAUCUAACAUCGAUAGUAUGACAUCUUCUCCGACAGCGACAUUAAAAUUAGAUUGUCCCCAGUUUGUUAAUCUCAAAGAUCAUAUACAAAAUUUCUCCAAUCCAGUUACAAGCAAAAGUUCGUCGCCUGUAAAUCAGCAAACCACCCCCGAAUUGAAAAUGACAGCGCAGAUCGUGCAAGACAAGCAGAGUCUGCAAAUUGCGGGAAAUAAAAGAGAAACUAUAGCCGCCUCUUUUAUUACAACACAAGAUGUUGUGGAUUGCAGUAAUGAUUCAGAUACGGAUACAAAAUCUGUUGUUAUUUCCAUUCCUUCGCCCACACCCUCUCAAGAACAAAUGUUGGAUAAUAUGGCUUUACAGGCACUCGAAAACCGCAGAAGAGAUGGUAAGGGAAUGCCUUCAGGUUUUGAUACAUUCGAUGAUGUUUUGGAUAUGAUUGAAAAUAUCACAGGAGAGGGGCCUUCUCUUCUAGAAAGUAAUAUAUCGGAGAAAAAUAAAAAUGAAGAAAUUCCCAAUCAUCCUGUUAUAGUAAGGCAGGACUUUAAAAUAAAGGAUACUAUCGACGAUAAGCCACAAGUGUUGGAUACGUCGGAAUCUACAAAAAUGCAAACGCCUGUAACUGUUUCGACGUCAGCUAGAUCAACAGUAAUGCCACAAUUGUCGCCGCUCUCUCAGCCCACAGAUUUAACCACAAACAUGGCAAAUGUUUCCCAGCAACUGCGUACUCUUCUAUCAUCGUUGCAUACUACAACAGUAACAAGUUCGCCAAUCAUCGCAACUGUGGUUAAAAGUGUUACACACAAAGAGAAAGUUAUGCCAAAUGUGUCUGUGUGUUCAACGGCUUCGGCGAUAUCGUCGCGAAUUAUUCAAAGAACUCACAUACCUCCGCCUGUCUCGAACACUAACUUAAUUCUACCUACUGGAAAACCAAAACACAUUAUAACAUCAUUUGCAAUCACGUCACCUGACACGAAUAAUUCCGUGGUAUUGACAACAUCUACAUCUGCGAUACCUACAUCUGUUACAAAGGUAUUGCCGCUGAACGGAUUUGGUGGCAUACAAUUAAUGCCAGACCAUCCUAAGUUACCACCAGUGACUACAGUUGCGCCUUCACCAAUCUCGAAUAGUGCGCACCCGACAACAGUUGCACAAAAACCGAGUACUGUUAUUACAAGUACAUUGCAUAGUAUGAACGUUACCACAAGAAAUCCAUCGCUGAGUCUAAACGCAAUGUUACAAUCUCAUCCUGCAGCAACAAUUGCACAAACAGCUCCAGGAACAAUAACUGCUGCCAGUUUGUUGGGGCCUCCAAUAACAAUUGCUAAAUCUUCCUUUACUCCAUCUCUGGUACAUGCGCAACCUCUUGUUGUAUCACCAAUUGUUACAAAUUCUCCUCAAUUUACAAGUGGGGCGAUAUCUACGGGAUCUUCAGAUUUUAUUCAGACAUCUAGCGGCAUUACUGCAAAACCCACAAUUGCGACGUCAAAUUUUCUGCACUCUCAAUUGACAAAAACGAUUUAUUUCAAAGAAAAGCAGAACGAACCAAGCGUUUCUGAAUCAAUAGGUACCAUAGCAGAGGAAAUAAAGAAGGAAGUAACUGAGUCCCUGUCCACUCCCGAAUCGUAUAAUGCAGUACUAAAUAUGAUAUAUAAAUCAGACGCGGGAGGAUGUAAGUACUCAUCAAUACAUGGGCCGUCAAAAAUUGAGGAUUCCCAAAAUGUUUUGCUUAAACAAUUGCUUCAAAAUACUGCCUGCGCUACUACAGUACAGACGCAAGUGAGUACACCACCAAACUCGUCACCUGCCAUAACAACACCAAACUUACCGUUGGUGCCAAAUCUGGAGGCACAGUUGGCAAGACCCGUUCCACCUACUACAACAUCACUAUUGCCUCCUCUUUUGCAAAAUGAUAAUUGCAACAAUCAAAAUAAUAAGUCUGUGCUGCCAAAAGUUCCCAUGGUUACUCGAGAGACCUCAUUUGUUUCAAAACCAGUACCGCCUUCACCUACGAUUUCAUCCGUACCGACUCAGCAGUUGCAUCUUGAUCUGAAAAAGUGUGGAAAUUUAAAUCGCGCUUCAAGUAGAGACGACUUACUGUCGCCUCCUACGCCUAAAUCUUCCAAUAGUCAAGAUUCAAAUCUACAAACACCCCCUUUAAUUAUUAAGAAAGAAUAUCAUAUUCCGCCACCUCAGAGUCCACUACUAUAUGGCGUACACGAAGUUAAAAAAGAAUUAAUCGAUGAAACGUCACAACAUUCUGAGGUAUCUGAUCAUAGUCGACCCGAUUUAACACACGUUAAAGAAGAAAUUGAUUCGCCCGAUGCGAUUAUCGAAAAAACUUCUUUGGAACAAAAGGAAGAGCUUAAAAAAAUGAAACGAAGGGUUUAUCAGCAGAAACGUAGACAAAACCAGAUACUAAACAAAGACUCUCAUCCGCAACCGAAAAAGCGGCCCCGAAAAAGUUCCAAAGUUGACGAAGAUUACGAUUCAUACAUUGACAGUCUAUUAAUUCAAUUGAGAGCGUUACCGUCGAUGAUUGUGCAAGAACCGCAACUGAAUAGAAACUUUGGGGUGGUUCCUGUAUUUGGAAGCGGCGAUCUAAGCAAAGUCGGAUUGAAGGUGUGCAACUCUAGAGUUGGCGAUUUAAAUGGAUCUUACGGCAACGCAAUUGUUCCCGGCUUUUCGGAUUAUUACAGUUCAAAACCAUACGGCAACAUCGAACCGAUGGAGGAGAAAUCGACACCGUCUACUCAGCGAGGCUUUUAUGAUCAAGAAUUUCCCGUCAUUAAGUUUGAUGCCGACGAAGAUCGAAAGUUUGAAUUGUUCUGUCGUGAGAAUGAUUCACCUGAUUCUAUUGUUAGUAGUUCUUCACCAGAAUGUUCCGUUAUGGAACCAUAUGCGAAGUUUUUGGGACUAAAGUUGAUUGAUGAAGACGAAGAUGAUGAGGAUGACACGAGAACAUCUGCUAAAAUGAGAUCGUCUCCUAUUAUUCCUAUUAUUGCACCAAUUCCUAUUCGUUUGAAGCCGAUAGGACCAUAUCUAAAAGAUUAUACCGAACAGGACAAGGAAAACAUUUGCAAAGAUUAUUUUGUCAAAACAAAAUACGGAGCCAACCCACCAACUCCGUUAAAAGAUUCCGGAAAUGUCACAGUUACAUUAACUCUAACUUCGUCUGCUGCCGAAGACAUAAUGGGCGUAUUGAGAGAUUUAGCGAAUAUUUUACAUAUUCCGCCACCAACUAGUUACCAGAUAGUAGAAAGAACAAGUACACCUCCUAGUCAAAAAUUAGGAUUAUACAGAACUAAAGGCAAAGAUGGAAAGGAAGGAGCGCCUAUCGAUAUACAGACUAUUUUAAAUGGCGCUGCAAAGUUUUGUCGUCACUGCGAUGUUGUUAUAUUAAACAAUAUGAUUCGUAAAAAAGUAUCCGAGUUACCAUUCCUAUUUAAGGACACUGAACUGCUAAGCGAUGGUGAUGAAUUGUACUUUUGUGGUGUUUCCUGUUAUAUGCAGUUUGCCAUCAUGCAUCGUUCGCCAUCAAUAUCAGAGGACAAGGUUGCUGCAAUUGUCGAUCAUCUUUGCCAGAAGGAUAAACUGGGAAUGAAACGCAAGAAUUUAACCCUCGAACAAACAGACAAAUUUGUUAAUGAAAAUAUUUUUGGGAAGUUGAACACGUUUAAUAAAAUGGGAGUUGAGAUUAAAACCGAACCGAUGAAUUUAGACUUUGUUAAAGCCGAAUCUGCUUUCUCGCCAAGAAUGACAGACUUUAACUUUUUAUCUCGCAAGCACCAUUUGUUUAAUACUCUACAGCAGAUGCCCCAAAAGUUAUGGAAAGGUGUGAAAUACAAGUGUUGGUCUUUGGGUUGCUUUCAGUCUCCAGCAAAAAAUAAAAAGCCCAUGGACAAGGAGAUUAUGGAGUUAUUGUAUAAAAUGGGAAUUACUUUGGUCCCUUCAAAAAUGCCCGAAGACACAAGGCGGUGUAUGUUUUGCCAAGGUGUAGGAGAUGGAGUCGCAGAUGGACCAGCUCGUUUAUUAAAUUUCGAUGUGGAUAAGUGGGUACACCUUAAUUGUGCUUUGUGGUCGGAUGGUGUGUACGAAACAGUUAACGGUGCUCUUAUGAACUUAGAAAAUGCCAUUCAACAGAGCUUAGGUACAACAUGUAUACACUGUAAUCGAGUGGGUGCAACAAUUCGGUGUUUUAAAACACGAUGUUCAAACAUUUAUCAUCUUUCGUGCGCAGUUAAGGACGGUUGUGUUUUUUAUAAAAAUAAAACUAUAUACUGUCCAUCUCAUAUACUUAAAAAUGAAAAAGAUAAUGAAUUAACAACACUAUCAGUGUCCAGAAGGGUAUAUGUCAACAGAGAUGAAAACAGACAAGUAGCUGCAGUAAUGCAUCAUGCAUCUGACACAAACAAUUUGUUGAGAGUAGGAAAUUUAAUAUUUUUGAAUGUUGGGCAACUCUUACCGCAUCAGUUGCAAAAUUUCCAUUCUUCCAAUUAUAUUUACCCAAUCGGCUAUAAAAUCGUCAGAUUUUACUGGAGUAUUAGAAAAUUAAAUAAGCGUUGUAGUUACAUUUGUUCUAUACAUGACGUUGUUGGAAGACCCGAAUUCAGAGUUGUUAUUAAAGAACCCCCCGAAGAAGAUGUGGAAUUUAGAGACAGCAGCGCUAAGGCAGUAUGGAAUCGUAUUUUAGAAGUUAUCGCAUCAAACAGGAGAGAGAAUCAUUGUUUGCAACUGUUCCCGAAAUAUUUUACUGGGGAGGAUCUUUUUGGAUUGACUGAACCUGCUGUAGUUCGUGUUUUAGAAAGUCUUCCAGGAGUGGAAACGUUAACAGAUUAUAAAUUUAAAUAUGGCAGAAAUCCUUUAUUAGAACUUCCAUUAGCAAUAAACCCCUCAGGGGCUGCACGUACUGAACCGAAGCUUAGAAAUCAGUUUCAUUGGAAAAGGCCUCACACCCAGCGCACAGGCUCAUCAGUAAGACCAACAUUUGUACCCACACCUCAAGGAAUUGGUGAAGCGGUGUGUCCUUACAGUAAACAGUUUGUGCAUUCUAAGAGUUCUCAGUACAAAAAAAUGAAGCAGGAAUGGAAAACUAAUGUGUAUCUGGCAAGAUCAAAAAUUCAAGGAUUGGGGUUGUAUGCUGCAAGAGAUCUAGAGAAGCACACUAUGGUUAUUGAAUACAUAGGUGAAAUUAUCAGAACUGAGCUCGCAGAAACUCGUGAAAAGAAAUACGAAGCUAAAAACCGGGGAAUCUAUAUGUUUCGUUUGGAUGAGGAACGUGUUAUUGAUGCAACUUUAUGUGGUGGUCUCGCUAGAUACAUUAAUCAUUCGUGCAAUCCGAAUUGUGUAGCUGAAAUUGUUGAGGUCGAUCGUGAUUUGAGGAUUAUAAUUUUCGCAAAAAGGCGAAUACAAAGAGGCGAGGAGUUGGCGUACGACUAUAAAUUCGAUAUUGAAGACGAUAAACAUAAAAUAGCGUGUAUGUGCGGAGCGCCGAACUGUAAAAAGUGGAUGAAUUAAAUUGUUAACUUUAUUUAGAAAUGGACAAACAGUGCUUUAUUUAUUUAUUUGUGUACCAUAAUGAUUAAUUCCUACAUUGCUGAAAUAAUUUUUAUAUAAUAUAGUGCAAAUAGAAUGGAAGUAAAAUUUGUGGUGUUAUUUAUCUACACUGCGAUUUAUGUAACAUUCCAAUUUGAUCAAGUUGUUGAUAUUCUGUAAAUGAAACAGACUUGAUUUCUUCAUUACCUAUAUUGAUAACUGUGGCUUAGGUUAGGGACCAAUAUUACUGAUGCUUCCCAACCAUAUAAAGAUGUUAUUAUCUCCUUUAAUUUAAUUGCGUGUAUAUACUCGAAAUAGUGAGGUUUUAUUUCAAAAUUAAAUUUUACAUCGUUGUUCUUGUUGUCUUUUCUAAUGUACUACCAAGUCAUGUAUGUACGGAUUAAUUUAAUCGUUUAGUUGUACAUUGUAUUAUAGUUUGCUUAAUUAAGUAGUUUAAAUUAAAGAUAGAAUUAUAAGAAUUUUAACACCAAUGUUAGAAUCAACUAACAUCGCCUUCGGAGGAGCCUUGUCGCAGUCAUUUAUAAUAUAAUGUUUUAAUUCUAAAUUCAGUGUGCAAUAUAAUGUGGCAGCAUGUACAUAUUUACUGCUAAAGCCAUGCCAUGUACAUAAUAAAUAAGUUCUAUUCACAAAUGCAAUGUUAAUAGUGAUUAGAUAGUUUUAUAUAUUGAUCUAUGUUUAACGUUUUAAUUUUGACGAUCACAUACUAUUAAGAUAUUAUUUUGUUGCACUUUAAGCAAGUACUUUUUUAAUUUUACGUAUUGUUGUUUUCAUUUUAGUGCCAUUUUGAGAAUUAACAAAAUUUGAUUA